AUGGACAAGCAAGAACAGAACCUGCAGAAGAACAGGCAGCGCCAAGCCGAAAGAGAGCGCAAACGAGCCCUUCGAGCUUGCGACGGCUGCCGACGUCAGAAGGAGAAAUGUGAUGGUGGUGUACCAUGCCGAAGGUGCACGCGCCUGCGUCGACAAUGCGAGUUUCUGGGCCCUACUGCUCGAGAUGGCGAAGGUGGCGAUAGCUCUGGAAAGAAUCGAAAUGGUGCAAACAACGCUGAGCUCCUCCAGCGCAUUUCAUGUAUGGAAAAGGUCAUCUCACAUUAUGCCGGCAAUGUUGCUCUAGACACAGAAUCGUUAAAAGCCAUGGCUGUGGCGAUCGAUAACAAAACCUUUGAUGCAUCCCAAUUUCAACGACAGGCUCCGAUCAUGGAUUCUCCGAGCUCCGAAUAUCUUGGAGCGGAUGACGAGAACUACACCGUGCAGCCCUUGGACAACAACACUACACACUACUCAGGCGAAUUCUCACAUUGGAACUUCUCAAUGCGGAUAAAGCAGUGGAUUGAGCAGUGUGUCCCAGAGCGUCACGAUGCACCGGGUCCUCUCAGUUUCAAAGAAUAUUAUCGUGCUGAGGAACUUCAGUCGGCCAACAACACACAGGCAUCACUUUCUGCUUUGCCACCUCGAUAUGUUGCCGACUUCCUGGUUCAAGCAUUCUACAAGCAUGCCGAAACCAACUAUUUUUACGUUGAACGUGGGUGGCUCACCGAACAGAUCGACCUCAUUUACCAAAAUCCCGGUGCCUUUUCUCGACGCGAAGUCGGGACUCUCUGUAGAGAUGCACACGGAAAGUCCAAUGACUCGAGCCCAUUUUCUGAGGACACAAUUGGUGUAAUGUUCUACCAGCAAGCCUGCAAACUUGUUCCUGAUGCCAUCACAGUGGCGUCACUGGAAAGCGUUCAGGCUAUUCUGCUCAUUGGCAUCUACACCUUGCCGCUUGAUGCGUCAGGACUAUCAUACAUCUACCUCAAUCUCGCAGUGAAGCUUGCUAUUCAGAACGGCAUGCACAGGAAAUGGCCUGCUGAAGGACUCGAUCCUUACGUUCGAGAAACGAGGAAUCGUGUAUGGUGGACAGCCUAUACAACGGAGAAGCGAGUUGGUAUUUACCACGGACGACCGUUAUCUAUUCAGAGUAAGGACGUGGAUGCGGACAUGCCUGUGGAUCGACCAGAUAUCAUGCCAUCCAAUGCCACUAGUAUUGCGCACAUGCUUGCGACCCUGCGAUUAAACCAAGCCCUUGGAAGAAUCGCACAUGAGAUCUCGGUGUUGCGAACUUCACAAAAGCAUGGGAUGAAUGAGGGUUUGCAGCGAGUGAUCGACAUGAAAGAGGAGCUUCGGAAGUGGUGGGACUCCCUCCCUGAAACCGCAUACCGUGACGAGGUGAAUCCCCAGAACCCAAUUUCGCGAGCAGACACACAUCUCAAGUUGGAAUAUUGCCUUCUGCGGAUGUAUGCUGGGCGACCAUUCAUCUUGCCUCGCGAAGUCGUUCGCGGUAACGGAAGCACGUCCAGCUCACCCGCCGAUUCUAACAGCCAGCGCCCCAACACUCCACACAAGUCAAAUCCUCGAUCAAUCCUGGUAGCCGACUGCGUCGAGGCCGCCUUGACCAUCGUCGAUACCUGUCAUCUACUACAGAACACGAUUGGCCUUGCGCGCGCCUCAUAUACGGAAUUCAGUUCUUGCCGUGCUGCCCUGCUGGUCAUCAUUACCCAAUGCUUACAAAGAAAAACAGACCGGCUGCGUGACGCUCUGCGUACUGGCAUGGCAAUGAUCAAGGAGAUGUCGGCAGGUGGAGAGUCAGCCCGGUCAGAAGCGUCCCUUAUCGAAGUUUUCGAACGUGCUAUAUCAAGACUUGAUGCUACACUUGAUUCGUCUGGCCGAGAGACUGAUUACUCGCGGUUUAAAAAGUGGGAGUUAUUAUGGAAGAACGAUGGGCCUGUUCCAGACUUCAGGCCAGAAGAAUCACCCGAGAGCUCGAUGGCGUUACCGCAGAACCCAAACACCUUCUGGAGAGGGAACAUGGGCACCACUGCACGACCUGGCAUGCCAGCCAUGCAUGCUGCGAGUCCAUUUGUGGGUAUGGAUGCGAAUUUCCCGUCCGUACCUCAAGUGAUGGAUGAGUUUUCAACGCUGUUUGGAUACGGGUUUGGACCAAGCCCUGAGAACAUGGGAGGCACAGCCAAUGGAGGCAUGUGGAUGGGGCCAUGA